GUUUUAGCAACUGGCGGUGAAUUUGUUUUGAAAUUCAACCUUCGGUUUCCUGAAAAUAAAUACAGCUGGAAAACUUAUGGCUGAUGAUGAUGAUGCUGAUAAUGGUAUUCGAACUCAAGAGAAGCAAGUCAACAGAAUAUUUUCCCUGGGAUCAAUAUCAUCAUCGAAGUGGUAAAUAUCAUCUGAAUAUGUUAAACCCUCCUCCCUCCUUUUACAGUGAGAUAAAAUGUUUAAUACCAGAAAAAGUGUGUAAACUAGCCCAUCGAAUGAUGAUGAUGAGUCAGUGUCAACGACAACGGAAUACCCUAACAACAUAUCUUUACGGAAAAUUCUCCUCUACCGCUAUGUCAAGUCUACAGAUUUGCGUGAAUCGAAUUGAACUCAACACUGGACAAUUUUGUCAACCAAACUUGUGUAAUGAAAUUGUUAUACCUUUUGAGCUUUCUAAAUCUGAGAUAUCUGAACACGUGGAUAAACAAUUUAUCGACUGUGCUGUUCAAUCUAUAUGGAAUGAAUACAGUGUUAAACCAAUCAGUGUGGAUAUUACCAAUUGUCUACAAUUCAAAGCAUAUGCUUCUAUAUCAAACACCUGUGAUAUUGAUAAUAAAAAGUUACUUCAAGAUCCUUCAAAGAGAACGUCGUGUCUUAAUAUGUAUUUUUCAAAGUUUAAAUUAGAUUGUUUAUUGUUAGACUGUCCACUGAGGCUAACACCAAUAAUGCGUAAACCGUCUUUAGUAUCCUCUGUACUGGUUAAAAGUCUUGAAACGCGUGAAUUUCAUCUGUCAUCCAGAUAUACAGAUCUAAUGAUGAUGAAUGAAUGCGAUGACCAUGACUAUGAUGUACGCUUAGGCUAUUUGAAAAUGACUGAUUCUGGAUUGAUUUCACUUCAUUUGGACACAGAUCCUACUGUGAUAACGUCAUCGUCAAUUGGAAUCUGGAUUUCUGGAAUUAAAGAUGUUCAUGAUUUUCGUGUAUGGAAAGCUUGUUUACAAUACAUUUUGAGUAGAAGUAAUCAAAUGAAUGAAUCGAUUUUAGGAGGUGGAGGAGGAGGAGUAGACAAGAAGUUACAAAGCAACUCAUCACCUAUGUUAUUAUUGGCUAUAUAUGAUCUUUCAGGUGGAUCAUCUUUCUACGAUGUUAGUAUAGAAUAUGCAGAGAAUACUAAUCAUUAUGGUUGGUGUUCUUCUUCAGCGCUUUUAAAAAUCAAUCAAAGGAAUAAUGAUGCUAUUGAGUUGAAAUUCACUGUCUUGUCAAGUUGUGAAAACCCCGGUUUAUCCUCCUCUGCAUCAUCAAGCGUCAGUCUCAAACACUCAGACUGUUUCACUUGGAAUCUGUCGAAGAAUGUGUCAUCUAAGGAAAAGUACAUGUCUGUUUUAAAAGACUCUGUGAGACAAUUAUGCAAAUCUGUCUAUCCCAUAGAAUAUGUAGAAAGGGAAUCUGUUUGUCGUGAAGAAGCAAAGCAAAUUUCCUCUCUUCCUCAAUCAGUGAACUGGAAAGAUUCACCUGACAAUUUGCCUGUUGUUCAUCGUUCAAUUGUUAGUAACGAGUAUAAAAACAUAGAUCUAUCAGAUUGUCAAAUUCCAGAAGCAUCUUUACUCCUUGAAGAGGGUGUUGAAACCAGCUAUCGAAAUUUCACAGGCGGUAAUCAAUCUACUCCGAGUAGUAUAGUAGAUGAAUUAAAUGCGGAAUCUUUACCAAGAGAACCUCUGAAAAAGUUGAACGAUUCUGCUAAACAACUUAGUGAAUAUUCCACAGAUUAUGACCCAGAACGAUAUAAAAAUUCACCGAAAUCUAAAUGUACUAAUCCCCUACAACGACGACCAAUACCACCAUCGCCAACACCAGCAGCAUCAGUUCAUCAUGUCACAUUGUCUCCUCAAAAUACACAAAAUCAUUUAACAAAUGGAUUAUUAUGCGAAAUCCAAUCAACUUUUAAUAGUACAAAUGAUACAACUUUAAACCUCCAGAGUAUUCUAUCUCAAAUUCCCCAAUGUCAAUUAGAACGUCUAGAACAAAUCAUUACACAAAUGUUAAAUAAACAUGACAAUCCGAAUACUGAUCAGAAUAAAAAGGACCAUUUGCAAACAGGAAUUAGUGUUGGUGUUAAUACAACUUUUGUAGCCAGUGAAAUCGAUUCGAAGUACAAAGAGAAUUUGAUCGAUAAUGGUAGAAGUAGUAUUCGUAAUGUCGAUAAAGUUGAAUUUUCACGUCCUACAUCUGCUUCAUCCUCCGGUGUUAUUGAUGAAAAGAGAACAAAACACCGGAAGAGUGUAGAAAGCAGUACACACCGAAAUCAUGUAGAAACCGUAUUCCCUGAGCAUACUUUUAAUCAACUACCUGAACAAUCGUCAGAACAAGUGCGGAAUAAAGUACAAAUGAAUGCACAAUCUAAAAAUGAUACUCCGGACAAAUACACAUUACUUUUGGCGAAUAUUCAACAAGUUCUCAAUAAUAAAGUAGUACGAUGCAAUUCUACUCAAUCUGAACAAUAUCACCGACAUCAGAAUACCGAAAAUGUUCUAGUUGAGAAUAAGGCAAAUUGUAUUACCACACAACAACAACAACAAGUUCAUACAUCAAAUUCCAUUCCAAAUUUUCUUCCUCAAAACAACGAACAACGAGUCGAUUCUAAUCCAAGUGAAUUCAAAAAUCCUGAAAAGAUCAAUAGAAGAGUAUCGAAUUGGCUGUCAUCUGAUCCAGCUGAAGGCAGAAAUCACAAGUAUUCCAUGCCAGUUUCUCAAGCUAGUGAUACUACACCUCCUGUUGCUGUCAGUGGUUAUUGUUCAAGAGAAGAAAUCCAUACCUACUCAGAUCGACACGGUCCAACAAACCAGACUGGUUUAACGACCAACAACAACAGCUCUGUUAAUGAUAUUAACUGUAUGCAACAGCAAGACCAGAUCAGUCAUCCGAUGACUGAUACAAACCAAAGUCUGUACUUAGCUUCCUUAGUGAAUAAAUACUUGGGGAAAAAGAAGUCGCUCGAUACUUCUUCAACAGAUCAUUUCAUUAAUUCAGAACAGUCAUCUGUAGAAAUCGACUAUAGCAUGGCAACACUGGAUUAUAUGAAACGUCAUGGUAUUCUUGACACCUCGACAAACAGUACCACCACUGAACACUUCACUACCCCUGUAAGCAGUACACCAGUAAUCAAGUACAAAAAGUCCGUACAAAAUUAUGGCGUACAACAGAAGAACAAUAACAUGCCUCCUGCUAUAAUAUCCAAUCGUCCAUUAUCUUCAAUCCCAUUUGAAUCUAUUGGAUCAAAAACCAGCGAUGCACAAGCAAGUUUAACUCUAGGCGAAUCAUUACCAAAUCUGUUGAAUAACCUUCAUCUGGAUAAAUCGCAUCUGAUGACGACGAUGACGACUACUGAACACAAUAAAGUCUACCCUACUGAUGCUAUUCACUAUUUAUCUACAAUAAGUGAUGAUGAUAACUCCUCUUCUGGUGGAACACAUACACCACCACGACAACGACCACUGGCAAACAAUGGUGGAAUUCUACCCAUCGGGAAUGAUACAUCAACUACUACUACUGCUGCUGCUGCUGUAAAUAGUCCAAUUUUAGAUUUGGAGAGAUUACGAUCGCUUCCUAAACUGUUGUAA